AUGCCGCAUCCCGGGAGACCGAAAGGGCGUAUGAAUAAGAAAACGCAGGCUGCGCAGCAAGCUGCUUUGCAACAAGAGGCCAUGGCACGAGCACAGGCAGCACAACAAGCGGCAGCAGCGCAAGCACAACGAGCGGCACAAGCACAGCAACAGUACAAGCAGUCAUCGCAAGGGUCGAAUGCGAUAAAGGAGGAAACGGGGAUCCAACUUCAUGACGAGGCUGAUUUGAUAUCCUACAGAAACGAUGCUUUGCACAGGUAUAUAUCCAAUCACGAGUACAUUGAAAAUGUUACUGCCAAGGUAGUUCACACAUCCAAAAUUAUACCACCGUCACUAUAUCCCAAUUUGCCUAAACGAGAUCCGCGAGAAUAUUCUCAAGUAAAACCGGAAGACAUUUAUUAUGGUGACUUGGAGCUUAUGAAACAUGUUGACAAUGAAUUGAUUAAGAGCCUUGAGAUUAUGAAACUGGAAAACGACUCCGGCUUUGUGAAAUAUUUAUUCAACUCUCCUCAGUACAAAUAUCAAAGCAGUUCCUUGUCUGAGUUGGAGAAGCUACAAAAAGAAUUAUUCAGCCUGAAAUCACUUGAAGAUUUGGAAAAAGAAUAUGCAAGAAUCCUUGAAAAUUACAAACAUAAAUUCAAUUACGAAUAUAAAGUUGUAUCACGAAGGAACAAAUUUUCAAUACCGUCGAAUAAAAUAGAACCGAAUCUCGAGGUGGCUUCUGCACCUGAAAACUAUGAUCCUAAACUGGUUACAUCACUUGUACAAUUACAGGGCGAGAACCCAAAUGCAACACAAGAACCGGAACUGGCGCCCAAAGCAGUACAGCAAUCCUCUGAAUUUGGAAGCAACGAAAUGGAGAUAGAUCUAGACAUGAAGUUUAGUGAUUUGAACGGCAUGUACCAAUUUGGAAGUGGCGAAAGCAAUAAUUUCGAAGCAACAGAACAGUUUUCGUUGCCCAUGAUGAAUUCUGAGGACUCAAGUUCGCGUGACCAAACAAUGGGCGCAAGCAAUGUUAGCCCUGACGAAAGGAAAAAUGAGCUCUUAUCGACUACAGCUAUAAGAGAAUCAAUAACUACCACCAAUGCCAACCAAAACGAUAAAGGAGAAGAGGAAGAAGAAGGAGAAGAAGAAGAAGAAGAAGAAGAAGAAGAAGAGGCGGAGGAAGAAGAGGCGGAGGCGGAGGAAGGGGAGGAAGAAGAAGAAGAGACCAAGAACCAAAACGACAAUGGGCAAGAGAACGGUAUGGUAGAGACGGAUUUAACUGAUUUAUUUACUGGCGAUAACAACAUUGAUCAUCUGGCUAUGGUGAAUGAUGAUAUUGGGGUUUUGUACGAUUUUGAUAACCCAGGUAAUGACGAUCUUAUGGGCGGCAGUGAGUUUGAGCAAGAGUUUUUGAAUCAGCUAAACCAUGGCAUGGAAUAG